AUGACUACCACAACGGUACAAAAUCAGACAAAAACCAGCAACUCUACGCCUGCUAAACCGCAAAAAACAUAUGGCAAGAUUGUUUUGACUCUGCAUAAUUGCCUACUACCAGAAUCUACGUUCAAAGAAACUCCGUCUCAAGCUGAUGGCUUAGACAUUGAAACCGAAACAGACUUACGUAUUCUUGGAUGUGAAAUGAUUCAAACCGCUGGAAUAUUACUAAAACUACCUCAAGUCGCCAUGGCUACUGGACAAAUGUACCUUCAAAGAUUCUACUACUCAAAAUCCUUCGUCAGAUAUCCUAUGGAGACAACGGCAAUGGGAAGCAUUUACUUAGCAUCCAAGGUUGAAGAAAAACCUUGUAGAAUACGUGACGUAAUCAAUGUGUUUCAUCACAUCAAACAAGUGAGAGCACAGAAGACAAUAUCUCCAUUAAUAGUUGAUCAAAAUUAUAUUGAACUGAAAAAUCAAGUAAUCAAGGCUGAACGACGAAUUUUGAAAGAGCUAGGAUUCUGUGUGCAUGUGAAACAUCCUCAUAAAUUAAUUGUAGUGUAUUUACAAACUUUACAAUAUGAAAAAAAUAAACAGCUAAUGCAAAUGGCUUGGAAUUACAUGAAUGAUGCUCUCCGCACUGAUGUGUUUAUGAGAUUUCCCCCAGAAACAAUUGCCUGUGCCUGCAUAUAUUUAACUGCUCGCAAAAUUGGUCUACCUUUGCCUAACAAUCCACAUUGGUUCCUUCUAUUUAAAGCAACUGAAGAGGAUAUAAGAGAUGUCUGCAUAAAAAUCUUGCAAUUGUAUAAAAGAGCCAAAGUUAAUCCUGAGGAAUUAGAUGGAAAAGUUGAAGGAUUGAAAAAAAUCUAUCAAGCGAAUAAGCAUAUACAAGCACAAAAAGAAAGAGAAGCAAAAAUGGAAGAGAAAAAGGCAGAAUCACCAACUGCCUCUACAUCAAAAGAUUCCAAGCGAGACUCAAAGAAAGAUAAAUCUCCUAAGACUCCACCGCUUUCAUCUAAAUAUCACAGUAGCCACAAAAAAAGAGAAAGAAGAUCUCGUUCACCAUAUGACAGAAAGAGAGAGUAUUCUAGUAAAAGACAUAAGUCUAGGUCCAGGGACAGAGAAGACAGAUCUCGGGAGAGACGCUCAGAUGACAAGCGAGGCAGAGGAUCAUCAAGGAAAUAUGAUGAUUAUGACCGCUCAAAACCUAGAGAUAGAGAUGACAAAAGGAAACAC